AUGCAUGCCAGCAAUGUCCGCACGAGCUCGACGCCGGCGACCGCCUCGUCCUUGCGACCUCGGACUCGUCGUUUGAUUUCGGGACUGGACGAAGGCGAUGAGACCACCUUCGACCCCGCCGCUGCCCCUCUCCGCCGGGUUGCUUCACCAUUACCUUCGCCCUUUGUUAGCAGGUCAGCCUCGCCCAUACCGGCAACACGACUGUCGCGACCAAGCUCCAGUCAUGAUCCGCCGAGCAACAGCAGAUUUGGAUCUGUUGGCAAGUCCUCGUUGAGCAGGCAGAGGAAGACUGGUGCAGACUCGCCCACGCUGUCCGACCUGUGGGGUAACUCAUGGACAACACUGCAAGGCAUCGCAACCGAUCUGCUCAGCGGGGAUCCAAUUGUGGAUGCAAAGCGGAAGCCCAGACGCACGAAAGGCGUCCUUAACUAUGGCAGUUCUCGCUCGUCAACUAGCGCACCCCCGGGUCAAUGGGGUCCAGAUGCGCCGACUUCACGUCCAACAAUGAGGGACAUCGGAGGAGGCACCAAGGACGAGCAGUUGGCUGCAAUGAGGGCGCAGAAGCGAAAGGACAUGCUCACGAGGCAGGAGACUAGCUAUGCGGACACUCUCGGCAAGUUCAAGCGGCGGAUGUCAGACGAUAGGGCUUCCAUGUCUGCUCCACCAGGCGAGAACGAAGAUCGAGAUGCGCUGGUUUACGUGCAUCAGGUGAAGAAAGACGAUACGCUGGCUGGGAUCACGAUCAAGUACAACUGUUCAGCAAAUGUGUUGCGGAAGGCGAAUCGCAUGUGGCCAAAUGAUACAAUACACAGCCGCGAGACGCUCAUACUACCCGUGGAUGCAUGUGGUGCGAAGGGGAGGGUCAUGCCUGGACCCGAGGCGCUGGAUCUGUUGAGCUCAGAUGCAGAUGCUCUAUCAGCUGGUCAGGCAGAAGAAGUCAAUCCGCCAGACACGAAGGCCACCAACGGCAACAUUCCCAGCCGCAACCGAACGAAUUCCGAGUCAACGAGUGCAAGCCGGCGUGCAUCCUCGUCAGCAGCAAGGUCUAGUGUCGGAGACGACCCAGCCUGGCAGCACGAUUCUUGGGUCUUACUACCGGGCGCCACCAAGCCAACAGAGAUUGCUCGCUUGUCACGCAGAGCACUAGGCUACUUUCCACCGGCACGCCGGAAAAGUAACUGCUUCUCGGAGUUCGACACGCCAUCUACAUCAUUGGAUUUGACACGACCCGCAACGAACGAUUUGGUGCCGGCAUCUCCCCUUCCCCAGAAUGCUGCACAGCGACCAGUGCGGCCAAGGAGAUCGAGCAGCGCAACCAAUGGCUACUUCCCAUCUUACCUUUCCGGACCUGGCGGCGUUGGCACCAUGAACAGGAAUGUUUGCUUUCCCGGUCCAGCACAAGAUGGUCUCAACAAGAUGUUUGCGAAACACUUACCGGAUGUUGCACCUCCGCGCUUACAGCAGUCACUUUUGACUCCCGAGUUCCCACUAUACACUGACGAAGUAACGCCACUGGCCUCAGGCGCCACAACACCAAAUCCGAGCAAGAAUCUCAAUCUGGAGAACGUUGGUGGAGCUAUAGAAUCAUGGAUGCGCAAGACAGCUUCGCAGGUACAGAGUGCUAUGCACCAGCCCGAACGACAAAAGGCUGCUCGUGCUUCUGUUGGUGCGCCAGGGCGAGGUGCGGGUGGGAUUGGCGAUCUGAUCGAAAUGACUGAUGAAUUUGAGAUUGGUGCUGAUGAAGACGAAGAAGGAGGGCGAGGCCGACAGGGCUCAGCGGUCUAUCUGGGACAGCAGAGUACUGCUACGUCGUACUUGCACGGUGCUAUGCCUCGGGAAAGAUCGAACGCUGGGAAGAAUGGCAAAGAUAACUGA